UGCCCGUGUCACUUGGUACCUGAAAUUGUCCCCUCAGUUCGCUGACAUAAUCACAUUCAUGCCACUUCUCCACCAGCCACGCCUCUACGUAGCCUCCUAGCCAUGUCCAAUAUUCACAAUUUCAUCCAUGACUCGCUACCGUUCAGCACAUCAAAGACAUACACCGCCCAAACAUGAGUGAUAAAGACAAAGAGCCAACAAGUACAAAGGACGUAUCUCAAAAGGAGAAACCCAAUGAUGAGCCGGAAGUGGUGAAAUUCUCUCCCGAGGAGGAAGCAGCCCUCCUCAAAGAAUCUCACGCCAUCAAAGCUGACGCCAACUCCCUCUUCGCCUCCAAAGACUACCACAACGCUCUCUCCAGAUACGACGAUGCCAUUGCCUCAUGUCCCAACUACCUCCACUAUGAGCGUGCCGUCAUUCAAAGCAACAUUGCAGCAUGCCACUUGAAAGUUGAGCAGUGGAAGGAAGCCAUAAAAGCCGCAACAGAUGCCAUCAACGGCUUGGCAAAGCUGGAAAGCGAGUCAAGUCCAGCCGAAACCAAAGAGGACACACCAAACAACCAAGAUACCAAAACCGCUGAAAAAGAAGACGAUGAAGUUGAAGAAGAAAUAGUCAGCUCUGGCGCGGCUCGCUCCGCGCCCGCUCCCGCCCCUGAACCAACACCAGAGCAAGUAGCCCUGGAGAAUCGCAAAGAAGACAUCCUCCGAAUUCGCACCAAAGCCCUGCUUCGACGUGCGCGCGCCCGUUCCGAGGCCGGCGGCUGGUCGAACCUCGCUGGUGCGGAAGAGGACUACCGCGCGCUCUCUCAAAUGCCUGGCUUGACGCCGGCUGAUCAGCGCACCGUUCGUACACAGCUCACGGCCUUGCCGCCCCGGACAAAGGCUGCUCAGGAGGCUGAGAUGUCGGAGAUGUGGGGGAAGUUGAAGAGUCUUGGCGAUGGUAUCCUUAAGCCUUUUGGGCUGAGCACCAAUAAUUUCCAGAUGGUCAAGGAUGAAAAGACUGGUGGGUAUAGCAUGAAUUUUUCACAGGGAGGCUCAUCAUCAUGACAAAGCGCGGAUCAGUUUUGUUAAAGACUACGUGGAUUAUCGGUGGGAUUUUGCUUGGAUGACAUAUGGCCACAGUUAUAGCGAUGUAGAUGAUAGAGCGGUCAUAUUCAUGACUUUGGACCUGCAACUCUAGAUUUGAAGUUGAUCUGAUCUCCUUUUCCAUUGCGCCUAUAUCCAGCCCCGGGCGGCCUCAACAUCUCACUAGGGAUAUUCGAUUUGAGCCUUCAUUCUCUGGAGAAUGUUGAGGACCUCCAUGCGUUCUUUGUCUCCCACCAGGGCACCCAAGGCAACUAAAAGCGCCUGUACGGAGAUUG